CAGGACGCGCGUCGAGCGGGCCCUGAGGACCGGUUUCGCGGUCCGGAGAGCCGCGGCGGCACCGGUGACAGAUGAGUCGCCGCGGCGCCGGUGACGGUGGUGCAGUUGGUGCCGGCGGUGACGGUGGUGCAGACGGUGGUGACGGUGGUAUCACGGUGGUGCUAGUGGUGUCACUUGUGUCAGAUAUAGUGCUGUAGUGGCAUUACCAGCAACAGAAAUAGAGAAAACUCACUAUUUAUAUCCGUGAUAACGUUUCUACUGCAUCUCCGUCCGUCCGUUCGUCCGUCCGUCCGUCCGUCCGUCCGUCCGUCCGUCCGUUCUGCUUUUCUGAUCUCGAUGGCAUCCACUGUUAUUGGUCUAUUAGUGUUACUCGGCGUGUUCAUCUCAUCAUCGGCUGAGCCCAAUAUUGUGGUGCUUCUGGCCAACAAUGUGCGAGCAGACGACUUGAGCUGCUUCAACCCCGGUACGCCGGUGCAGACGCCAAACAUUGACAGGCUGGCGGCUGGAGGGGCGCUCCUUCAGCACCACACUGUUCCGGCGCUGACCCUGACGGCCAACAGGGCUGCCCACAUCACCGGUCAACUGCCCUUCCGAUAUGGGCUUCAAGAAAGUGAAGACGGGGUCCGGCAAAUUUUACACACCCUCAGCCGUGCCGGUCUGCCAGUGAACACACAAACAUAUGCAGAGGUUUUUAAAAAGUUUGGGUAUCGCACUAAAGCUGCAGGCAGCUGGGAGCUGGGCUGGGGCUGCCGGUCGUGGGCAGACCACUGUCACGGCCCGCUCCAGCACGGAUUCGACUCGUUCUACGGCGUCCCCCUGAGCGGCGCCCCUGCCAGCGGCGGCCACCUCUCCUACAGCCAGCUGGUGCCCAUGCGGGCUCUCGAGGCCUACCUGGCCGCCCUGGCCAAUAGGACAGAUCUGCGCGACAUCUAUCAGCCGAUCGCCGAGACGGCCUGGUAUCAGUGGCUGGCGCUGGCGGCGCACGACGGUCGCGGAGCCGGGGCUGGAGGCAAGGUCAGGACUCUCGAGGAGCGGGCGAUGCUGACCGAGUCGCUGCGUCACCAGCUGGAUGCACUGCUGGUGCGCGAUGACGCCGUGGAGCGGUGGCCGUACACGCUGCAGGGGAUGACGCUGCCGAUUCUCUCCGAGUCGCUGGAGUUUAUCCGGGACAACCACCGCGCCAGGAGGCCGUUCCUGUUGCAGCAUACCUUCCUGCACGUGCAUGAGCCCAGUAUCGCGGCGCCACACCGGGUGGGUGCCAGCAACAUCAACCCCUACUACGACGGCAUCUUGGAGCUGGACUGGGCCGUCGGCCGCGUCCUGGACCAGCUGGAGAAGCUGGACAUCCUCGACAACACCGUCGUCUAUUUCGCCUCCGACUACAAUGACCUCAUGUCAUUUCGAUCCUCGGUGUCUAACAUCACCGACAGCCGAGUGCCGGGUAUAUUCCUGUGGCCGGGCACCCUGCAGCCGCACGUGAUGCGCCAGCCGACUUCUGUACUGGACCUGCUGCCCACCCUGAUAGACAUCAUCGGCAGAGGAGAGGAACUGCUGAACAUGACGAUUGACGGCCGCAGCCUGUUUUUUUCCUCUGCUGACCCGUGGCGAGACCAGUCUGACACGGCAUUUCAACUACAGAGGACUCCGGCCCGACAGCGCCACGCUCGUCUUCCCAGGGGCUGGCGACCCGUCCAUCUACAAGGUGUACCUGUCGGCCGACUGCCAGCUCUGCCCGGGCAGGACGGUGGUGUAUAACCUUACCGACGACCCGUACCAGGAGCUCGAGCCCAUCUCAGAGGAGGAGCAAAUCUACAAGCGAGUGACUGAGGAGGUGCGCCAGAACCUGUACAUACUGCCCUCGGUGCCGAGCCAACUGGGAGACUUCUGGAGCGUGAUGCCGCUGCCCGACCUGUUCCCGUGGACUCAGAUCAGC